AUGGCAGUAACGGUGACAACAGCAGUAGUACUCGCGGUAGCCGCAGCAAGACGCAAGAGGCGCAGCGAUGUAGCAUUACAUUACGAACAUGCCCUCAAACGCUACAUUGUUGUUUUGUCCAAAAGCGUGCCAUUUGUGUGGAGACGCGAGCCCACUUGUCCGCACAGCAGUAAACGUGCGUAUGAGAGAGGAAGGGUGAGGGAGGGAGAACGCUCUCUGCGGGUUGGUCGCGUCAAGGUCGCAGGCAAAAGACCAACCUGGAUGACCAAUGACAGGAGGGUGAAGCGAAGCGAGUCUUGGCUAGGCAAACGCGUCUAUACGUGUCUGCGCAUGCGUGCUGAAUUGUAUGCGACGCAGUGUGGCGAUCGUAGUAAACAGGUUAACGAUGACGAGACGGUGGAAGCCACACAGUGGCGUCUAGGCUACUUCACUGAAACACUGUAG